AUGGUUCCUAUAUUCUGUUAUGCAAGGGGAACAAUUUUGCUCGUUCUGAUAGUUCCUCUUGCACAGGCUCACUUUGUGUCUUUUGAUUACCCUAAAUUAUUGGAGGGGUUGGGAGUAGGUUUUGUAUGUUCGUGUAUGAGUUUAAUAGCAAUGUUAAUCAUCUUAUUGUGGAAGAAGAAUAAAGGAAAAGAAGAAGACCUUACUUCAGAAACCACAUCUGAUCUGGAUAUGGAUGAUGAAUUCCAAAUGAGUGCUGGACCUAAGAAGAUGAGUUAUUAUGAGCUGUUGAAUGCAACAAACAACUUUGAAGAGACGCGAAAGCUUGGCCGAGGUGGUUUUUGUGGUGUUUACAAGGGUUAUUUUAAAGAUUCAAACUCAGUUACAGCUAUAAAGAGGAUAUCAGCAGAUUCAAGACAGGGUAUAAAGCAAUACUCAGCAAAAAUGAAGAUCAUCAGUCAAUUGAGGCAUAGAAAUUUGGUAAAACUCAAUGGUUGGUGCCACAAGAAGAAUGAACUUAUCCUAAUAUACGAAUACAUGCCUAAUGGUAGUUUAGAUUUCAUCUUUUUCGAGGAGGAAGCAUUUUGUCGUGGAAGUUGA